AUGGGCUCUUCUGACGAUGAGAAGCGGUCCGGCGCGCCGCUGGAGACGCGCAUUUCCGCCAUCGACGACGUCAACCCCAAGGACGACACCGUGCGGGUCGACAUCCAGAAGGAGCAUGAACUGACGGUCAAGGAGGUCUUUGUCAACCACCCCGCCCUGGUCUUCUGGGCCUUUUACUGGGCCAUGACCGGAGUUGGCUGGGGUUUCGACGCUCAGGUCAACGGAGGCAUGCUCUCUGUUGAGCCCUUCCGCCGUGACUUUGGCUAUUAUUACAAUGACACAGACGGCUGGGUUAUCCCCGCUGACUGGCUGAGUGCCUUCAACACCAUCAGCGGUGUCGGCCAGUUCUUUGGCGGCUUCGCCUGCUCCUGGGUCGCUGACCGCUGGGGUCGCAAGGCGGCACUGCUCGUUGGCAUCGCCAUUGUCACUGGAGGCAUCUUUGGCGAGAUGUUCUCCACUGUCAGAGCUGCCUUCCUCAUGUCCAAGCUCAUCCUCGGCUUCGGCCUGGGCUUCUACCUGACGCUGUCGCCGCUCGCCGCCUCCGAGUGCGCCCCUGUUGCCUUCCGUGGUAUCGCCACUGCUGGUGUGCAGUUCGGUAUCGGCUCCGGCCAGCUGCUGUCCAACGCCGUCAUCAAGGGUUUUGGCGAACGCACCGACCACUGGGCCUAUCGCGCUCCUUUUGCUAUUCAGCUCUUCUUCUGCUUCUUCCUCUUCGUCUUGCUCCCCUUCUGCCCCGAGACGCCGUGGUAUCUUGCCCGCACUGGCAAGCGUGAACAGGCUCUCAAGUCUCUCCGACGCCUCUACGGGUCCAAUGUCGACGUCAAUGCAAAGCUUGCCACCCUCGAAGCUACCAUUGCCGAGGAAGAAGCCGCCGACUCUGAGCAAGGUUCCUUCGUCCAGUGCUUCAAGGGCACCAACCGCGUCCGCUCCUUCAUUAGCAUGGGCGUCUUUGUGUGCCAGCACUUUACCGGUAUCAUCUUUGUCAUGGGCUUCUCUACCUAUUUCUUCCAGCUCGCCGGUCUCCCCAAGGAAAAGAGCUUCAACCUCGGCAUUGGCGUCAGCGCCUGCGGAUUGGGAGGCAACAUCCUCAGUUGGAUCAUCAUGAACCGAGUUGGUCGCCGCAACAUCUUCGUUGGGUGCAUGUGCAUCCUGACCGCCAUCCUCUUCCUCAUCGGCAUCAUGGACGUCGUCCCCACGGGCGCUGCCAAGUGGGUGCAGGCCUCCCUCACCGUCGUCUACGCCUUCUUUUACUACGUCGGCCUCGGCGCCAUGGCCUUUGCCAUCCUGGGAGAGGCAAGCAGCACUUCCCUCAGAGCUCCCACCAUUGCCCUGGCCACCGCCACUCAGGCUGUCAUGGGCAUCAUCUUCAACUUUGCCAUCCCCUACAUGGUCAACCCCGACGAGGCCAACCUCCGAGGCAAGGUCGGAUUCGUCUUUGGCGGCCUGGCUCUCAUCGCCACCACCUGGAGCUGGUUCUACGUUCCCGAGCUCAAGGGACGUACCUUUGACGAGAUUGACCGCAUGUUCCAGGCAAAGGUCCCGCCCAGGAAGAUGGGCAGCUAUCACCUGUCUUCUUUCUAA